AUGUCUUUUGGGUUGUGCGUCGCGGUGUUUCUGUGGUGUGGGUUGUGUCAGAGUGAGCAGAGUGAUCUGGGCUACGGACUGAACAUCGGCAACUCUAUCGACGUGUUCGCAAACUAUGGCGACCUAUCUCAGGUCACUCAAGUCGUCUCCGCGGACUACGAGGACAGUCCGCCUCACGUGGAGCCGUUCCGCGAGAAAAACAUCCGCGUGUUCCUCAACGUCAGCAGCCGGCAGGUCAGCGGGGAGACCAUGGUGGACAUGAACAUCCAGCUCUGCGAGACCUUCGACGAUCUAUUGGCGACCUACUUCGAGAACUUCAGGAUAGAGGGAACAGACAAACCCUGGAAGGCUUUCUUGGGCGACUGGAUUCAGGACGAGAUAAUGCGCGCCUUCGGAGUUGAAUACGACGCGAAACCGGACAACUGUUGCUACGUGCUCGUGAAGCUGAUGAAAGUGCACAAAUCCGUGCAGUUGGAGAGCUUAAAAGGCAUCGCUGUCAAGGAUUACGUCAAAAGGGCCAUCGAGAACCUAAACGUCAGCGAUCCGAGUGACGUGAGGAAGUUCAUGAAGAGCUACGGGACUCAUUACAUCGAUUCGUACGUGACGGGCAACUUUAUUUACCAGGUCUUCAAAUACAAGAGGGCCGGUUACAAUCUAUUGCGUUCAUAUAUACGACAACGCAACGCUCGUCAUUCAAGUUCCGAUAACCUGAGGUUUUAUUUCUCGUCGUACUUUCUCAAGCAAGUUGGGGAAAUCCGGAUCGCCAGCGGCAACAAGACGGUGGAGACGUGGGCGAAGUUGAACCUGCGCGACAGCCAGUAUCUGUACUCGAGGCCGAGCCUGCUCCGGCUGCACUACAACCCGGUGCUGGCCUUCAAGCUGAACGACCUGCUCGACAGCGGGGCGCUGCUCGGCCUCGGUCUGAAGACGCUGCGACCGCUGUUCGAAGACCGGACCAAGGCCGAGAUGUUCGCCGAGAUCGUCGAGAACGACAUGAAACUGUGGGAGGUCAACGCC